AUGCCCCCCUGGGCCACGGAAGCCAGAGCAGAGGAGGAUCCAGGAGGUGGUGCCGGGAAGGCAGCCCCGGAGGCAGCCCCAGGCCGGGGCUACCUGGCUGCCCCGGGUCCCCCUCCCCCGCGCUUCCCGGAGCUGGAUGUGGCUGGGUCCACUGGAGCCCACGGCGCCACCUGGUGGCUGCAUGUCUGCCCGAACCUUCACCACCAUGGGGACCCGGAGGUCCUGAGGGACCCUGUGCCUCCCCCCCAGGCCUGGGGGUCCCGCAGCGCUGUGGCCCGCAUCCCCAGUGUCCCGGGACCCUCCGGGGCCAGCCUCCAGACAUGUCCUGUGGUCCCGGGGUCCACCUUCACUGGGAUGGCCCGGGAAUCCUGCCAGGCCUGCAGUCCCCAACCCCGAGACCAGCAGGGACAGGAGAUGGGGCACCCCUGGGGCCCCCACAGCGCCCCGGCCCCGGCGGGCACCACGGCUGUACCCGGGCUCAUUCCAGACCUCAUCGUCAGGCUCCCCUGGCCCCGCUGGGUGCUCAUUGCCCUCGCUGUGGCAGCUGGUGUCCUCAUGGUCUCCUGCAACCUCUGUGCUGCCCACAGGAAGAGGCCCAGGGACAGGGAGGCUAUGGGCCUGGGCGGUCCUCAAGGGACCACCACCGGCACCCACCUGGGGCAACCGGACAUGGAUAACUUGGAGACUGCCCCGGGGGGCCCCCAGCACUGGGGGCGCCUGCAGCUCUCCCUGGAGUAUGACUUUGGAAGGCGGGAGAUCAAAGUGGGCCUCAAGCAGGCUACAGACCUGAGGGCCUGUGGCCCGGGCGGCACGGUGGACCCCUACGCCCGAGUCAGCCUGUCCAGCCAGGCAGGGCACCACGGCACACUCUGCCCCACGUUCUAGGAGACCUGCUGCUUCCACAUGCUGCAGGAAGAGCUGUCUCAGACCACCCUGCAGGUGUGGGUGCUGAGCUUCAGGCGCUUCUCUGCCCACGAGCCGCUGGGCAGUCUCAGCCUGCCACUGGGUGCCAUCGACCUGCAGCACGUCCUGGAGCAGUGGUGCCAGCUGGGCCUGCCAGGCGCCACCGAGCCCGAGCGGUCUGGAGAGCUGUGUUUCUUGCUCCGGUACGUCCCCAGCUAGGGCCGGCUAACCGUGGUGGUGCUGGAGGUGCGAGGCCUGAGCCUGGGCCUGGCAGACCCCUACGUGAAGGUCCAGCUCAUGCUGAACCAGAGGAAGUGGAGGAAGAGAAAGACUUCGGCUCGCAAGGGCACAGCCUCCCCCUACUUCAACGAGGCCUUCACCUUCCUCGUGCCCUUCAGUCAGAUCCAGAGCGUGGAUCUGGUGCUGCCUGUCCGGGCCCGGGGCCCACGGGUUCGGGCUGAGCUGCUCGGCGCCCGGGCCUCUGGGCAGCCUCUGCAGCAGCAGGCAGACACGCUGGCCCACGCCCGGCGGCCUGUUGCCCAGUGGCACCACCUGCAGCUGGCCGGGGAGGUGGACCAGGCUCUGGCCCUGAAGCCCCGUCCGCACCUGCCCUUGCCUGGCCCACGGGACUGA